AUGGACCCCUUCGAUAGUCAGCUCGCUUCCCCAACCAAAGCCCGCCAAGCUGCUAUUCAAGCCAAGGAUUGGGCGUACGUGAACUCCUGGCUCAGCCGGCAGUAUGCGCCCAAGCCAGUCCCCGCGUUCGAACGCAACGAAGAUACCCUCAAAGUUCUCCUGACAUUGGCUGCAGCCAAUGAUGCCGCCGACGAAGAAGCUCUUCUACAACACCGCGCGCGUGAAGAAGCAAUCCAAUUGUUCAAGCUACGGGAAGAGGCCGAACACAAAGAUGCACAUGAGCGGCACAAGAACGAGAUUCUAGACGAGGUGGAAGUGUGCCUCGAUAACAAAGGCAGACAUGAUCUGGAUGACCUGGCGGAGUCAGCGGUCGUUCUGGGCAACACAUUGAACCCGGAUCCCGGUGAUCUCGGCCAGUCGAUUGUGGAGAUCACGGUGGAAGACUUCGAUGCGCAGGAGCAAAUGGCCAAGGUGGAAACGCUGCACCGAUACCUUCAAAAGGAGCUAUCACGGUUACAAACAGAGCUGGAAUCCCUCAAGUCCGACAAAGCUUAUGAGACUCCAUCAGAUAUCCAAAGCUUGACGUCCGAGUGGACGCGCGGUACAAAGACACUGGCUACGAAAGUUGGGGAAUACCAAGACCGCAUUGUAUCUCUCGAGCGAAACCAGCCUCAAGGCCCCACAAUUGAAGAGCUGAUGGCUGAAGAAGAGAAAGUCAUCCGGUUAAGGGAGACGGUCAAGUCGCUGGAAGCACGGGUGAAGGCCUUCCACGAUCUUCCCAAAGAUGUAUCGGGGGCAAGGGCCAAGUACAAAGAGCUAGAGCGCGAGCUGAGCCAACUUACGCGGCAGCGCGAUACGAUGUUUGGAAGUUUGGUGGGGCGACGAUGA